AAAUUAUUAUAAAAUAAAAUUCGAUGAUAUAAAACUAUAAAUUGCUGCACGCAGAAAAUAAAUAAAUAUACAUAUAUUAUAAUCCACACAAAAUACAUCAAUACCCCACCUAAUUAACACACACACCCAACAACCUAUAUUUAUUUAUAUAUAGAUAAUUCAUCACAUUAAAAUUUUUUUAUACAUAUUGAUAAAAAAAUAAAGAUAUAGGUUAUUAAUAGUAAAUAAUAUCAGUUUAAAUAAUUUUUAUAAAAAUAUAGUUUAAUAUUAUAUAUUUAAUUUUAUAUAAUUUUACAAUAAUUAUUUUUUUUAUUUUAUAAAAAUUAGUAGAUUAAAUAAUUAUAGAGAAAAAUAAAAUUGUUAUAGUAAUAUAUAAUAGUAAUAAAAUAAAUUUAAUCAUGUUUAAAAAUAAAAAUGAACAGUAUGGAAAUAAUAGUAUAAAUAAAUUUACAAUUUUUAUAAUAGUAAUAAUAUUUUGUUUUAAUAAUAUAAUACAACCAGUUAAUUCAUUUAAACAUGAAUGUAUAUAUGAUAAAUUAGUAAACGAAAAUAAACAUAUUCAAGAAAGACAAAUACAUUUUCAACAAGUAGAAAAUAAAUUUUAUAAAAAAACCAAUCAACAAAUAAAAUAUUUUAAUAAAAAAAGAGAAGAAAAUAUAAAAAAUAAUAUUAAUGAUAAUAAUAAUAAUAAUAAUAAUAAUAAUAAUAAUAAUAAUAAUAAUUUAAAUAAUAUAAAUACAAGUAAUAAAAGGUUAUUAAAAUCAUUUAGUAGUGAAGAAAAUAUAAAUAAUAGUAACAAUGAUCAAUCAUUAUUAUUUAAAUCAAUAAAACAGUUUCGUCAGUUUGAACAAUUGCAGGCACAACAAAAAGAGGAAGAGGGGGAGCAAGUGGUGGAGGAAAAAGAACCUUUGGUUUUAGAAAAUUCAAGACCAAUAAAGAUUUAUUUAUAUACAGACUCUUUGAAUGCGACAAAAGAUGAAAAAUAUAGUUGUGGUUACAUUGGUCAAGUUAUAACGAACAAUAACCAAGUUUAUGUAUGUAGGGAUGGUGAUGUUUUAACAAGAGAGAAAUAUAAUUAUUUGGUGAACACUAUUCUAAGUAAGGCGAUGGAAAUCCUUCAGUCUACACUACAUGUACCCUUAACACAGAGCAGCAAUUUAACGAUUAAUCAAGAUGUUUGUGCUUCAUCAAGUGCAGGUCCAAUUCCAUAUGAUUCAAGACUAUCAGAUCCUGGUGUAGAUGCCGAUAUGAUAUUGUUUUUAACAGCAAGACCAAUUUUAGCAAAUGGAAGUGUAUUGGCUUUUGGUUUCGAUUGUAUAUUUGAUAGUGAUUUAAGAACUAAAGUUGGUCAAUUGAAUUUUAACCCAGGCUCCAUAGUAACAGAUCCAUCAAAUUAUAAAUUUCAAUUAGGUGUUGCAAUUCAUGAAACGUCACAUGUUUUGGGCUUUAGUAGAGAUAGAUUCCAAAAAAAGAAUAUGAUGCAAUCAUAUUAUAAAUCCACUAGUACGGUUGAAGGUCAAGUUUCUGCAAAUAGAAUCGUUUCACCCAAUGUAAAGGCGUUUGUUCAACAGUUUUUCAAUUGCGAUUCGUUAGAAGGUGCUGAGUUGGAGGACCAAGGUGGUACAGGUACAGCAGAUUCUCAUUGGGAAAAAAGAAUUUUUGAUAAUGAAUAUAUGACAGGUACAGCUUCACAAAACCCAAUUUUUUCAAACCUUACAUUAAGUUUGUUUGCCGAUUUAGGAUUUUAUGCUGUAAACUUCUCUUAUGCGGAAACUUUAGUUUGGGGCAAUGGAUUAGGGUGUGGUUUCGCAACAAAGCCUUGCAGCCAAUGGGGUAAUAAUAGACUGUUUUGCACAAGUGUUGGAAGUAGACCGCUAUGUACAUAUGAUCGUAUUUCCAAAGGUCAAUGCUCCAUUUCAACUAAAAAACCUCCACCACCCUACUAUUAUGACUAUUUUGGUGAUGGUGUUACCGGGGGCGAGGUAUUACCCGACUACUGCCCUUCAAUCGAAGGUUACACCAAUAUGUAUUGUAUAGAUAGCAGCAAAAAUGAUCAACGUUUUACCUACUUAUAUGGGGAAUACUUUGGUGAUAGUAGUCGUUGUUUUGAUAGUUCUUUAGUAAAGGAUACACCACCUCUUUUAUCUACAAUGGCAAGAUGUUACCCUACUGCAUGUUUGGGACCAGGUAAUUUAAAAAUCAAGAUUGAUCUAUUCUAUUAUAAUUGUCCAUAUAAUUACUCUAUUUCUGUAGAGGGUUAUACUGGUCUUCUCCAGUGCCCAAAUGGUAAUGAACUCUGUAUCAAUGCUCCAGUCGAUAAUAGUUGGCCAGUAUAUAGCUAUGUAAAUCCAUCAAGUGUUACUCCAGGUUCUCAAAUCACAGUUUAUGGUUCAAAUUUUACUAUUAACACAACUAUCUAUGUAAAUGGUGAAGAGUUAAAUUCUAUCAACUUUAUUAGUGAUAAUCAAAUUAUAGGUACACUUCAAGAUGAUUUCGGGGAUACAAAUAGUAGACUUUUAAAUGUGAUUGUGUAUGAUAAAUAUUCAGGCAAGAAUGAUAUUGGUGUGGGUGCAUUAUAUUUAAAUAUCCCAUUUGACAAUAAGGUUAGAAAUUGGUUCAAAAGUCAUUGGUACGUUGUUUUAAUAGCAGGGUUAGCUUUACUUGGUAUAUUAGCUUAUAUAAUUCGUUGUUGCUGUUGUUUAAAUAGAAAAAAUAGUCGUCAUAGAGAACAAUCAAUAAUGAAAUCUGUAUCAUAA